UGUCUAAGAAGGUGGUUGUUGCUUUAGCCGACAGUACCUUGCUUCCCUCGCGCAACCUCUCUCCGGUGCGCCGCCCCUCCAAUCCCCCUUCGCCGUCGUCCUCAUUCCGCUCCGCCGGAUGCGUCCGGGGGGACGAAGAAGCUACGGAUUGUCGCUGUCGGCGCGCAAGCCGUAGCGGCUGCCGGAGUCGAGGACUUUGCCUUGCCUGCGGGACCCAGCAAGACCAAGAAGCGCGGCGGCGGUGGUUCCGCCGUUGCCUGCCGGCGCGGAUCCGGGGGCCGAGGAUGCUUGCCUGGAGCAAGCGCGAAGCGGGGAUGCACCGGCAGUGGAGAUGAUGGGCCGGUGGCACGGUGGCGAGCAACAUCGGGGAAAAUGCGGUCACCGCGACAGCGCGUAGCGGAGUGGCUUUGUCGGCGGCAUCCGGAACUGCGUCAUUGCGGCCUGCACCCAGCUGCUUGCUGGUUUUGUAGGUGAUUCGACAUAGAGAAAAUCUAGCGCAAAAUGGAGAACUUGGUCAAACUGUAUCAUGGUUGGGAAAUUCAGCUUCUCGUGCUUCUAAGUUUUGCAAUACAAAUAUUCCUAUUCUUCACUGGCGGUCUUCGUCGGCGUAGCAUCAAUAUGUUGCUUAGGCUCUCCAUUUGGGUAGCUUAUUUGGGAGCAGACAUGAUAGCAGUUUAUGCCCUUGGCUACCUCUCACAACAUGAGGGUGCUACCUCUGGAAGGGACACAAUAACGGGAACCCAUCCGCUAGCUUUCUUUUGGGCUCCCUUCCUCCUUACCCAUCUCGGCGGGCAGGACACUAUCACUGCUUUUGCCAUGGAGGACAACAACUUGUGGUUGAGGCAUUUAUUAAAUCUAAUGGUGCAGGUUAUCCUAGCUUUAUAUGUAUUCUGGAAGUCAAUUGGAAGGCACAGCGUGGAGUUUCUAGUUUCAGGUAUCUUUUUGUUUAUCGCUGGGAUUCUCAAGUAUGGAGAAAGGACGUGGUCUCUCAAGUGUGGGAGCUAUAAAAGUCUUGAGAGCUCCACUGGAGAUCACUGUAAGCAUCAGUUUCCAGAAUUGGUUGAUGGGGAUGUUGGUUAUUCUAACGUUGUCUGCACUGGUCUGCGUUCGAUGCUCGAUGUCUUUAAUUUUUUCGCUGGGCGAACCUUGUUUGUUGGUAGUCAGAUGAGGUUUGGUCGUGAAGGUUUGGGAGCCCGGCUACCCAAUCAAGCACUCAAGGUGUUGGGGAUUGAGCUUGGCAUGAUGUAUGAUGAUCUCUACACCAAGGCUCUUGUGCUCAGAACAAGGAGUGGCCUUAUAAUCCGAUGCAUCUCUCAGAUAUCUGCUUUGGUUGCUUUCAUUCUCUUCUUUGUAGGAAAUAAAUAUGGUUAUAGCAGAGCUGAUGUUGCAAUCACAUAUUCACUAUUUGUUGGUGGUUUUUUCCUGGAAGUUUGUGCGGUAUUUAUAUUCAUGAUGUCACCAUGGACUUGGGCAUGGUUUAAGGCUCAAAAAUAUGACAGGCUUGCCCGGUUUUCCUGGUCUCUUUUCUCCAGCGGCCUCAUUGGAUGGCCGGAGAAGGGGCCAUUGUGGUCAAAUGCAAUGGGGCAGUACAACUUGAGGUGCUGGUUUGAGGGCAGUGACCAACCAACUUCGUGCGGUCAACGAGUGAUGAGCAUGACCAGAAAGUUGGCAAAAUCAGUCGGGGCUAAGAAGGAGAAAAUAUUUUGGCUAAGCAAGCUGUUAGACACGGAGUACGUCAAGGCAGAUAAGGUGAUGGAGUGUCUUGAGGAGACCGUUGUCCGCUUCGUUUGUGAACCCCACGAGUUUGAGAAGAUCCGGGAAUGGCCAAAUCUUGACUCUCUCUUGAGAUACGCACAGGUUUUUUACAUCGCAGAUUUUGGUUUCGCUAUUGUCUUUAUGCAUAUGUUCACCGAGCAACACCUGAGCAAAUACCCCUGCUCGGACGUUGAGGCAGAUGUAGCAGCAGAUAUCGAGGUUUUGGUGGAGGUCUGCCGGAAACUGUCCCGCUACAUGAUGCACCUCCUGGUGACCCUCCCAUCCUUGCUGCCUCUGAAUGCUAGUGCGGUGGGUACAUUGGAUCAGUGGCAAGCUGACAUGUUAGAGAACGACAUCAUGACAGAAUUGAAAGGGUUUGAACCCCAGCCAGGCAAGGAAGCACUGGAGGAGAUCAAGGAGGUGUGGGUGCGGCUCGUCAUCUACGCUGCCGCCAAGUCACAGCCGGAGAUACAUGCAGCGCAGCUGGCAAGAGGUGGGGAGGCACUCAGUUUCGUUUGGCUGCAGCUGGCACACUAUAACUGUGGGGAUUUUGGGUUUAGUAGGAUGGAGCUUACUCGCGAUCGCUCCAAACAUUCGGUAUUCUAUGUCUUACAACUCCAAGAGGUUGUCAUGGAGGGCACGGGGUUUCCUGGUUGAUCCAUCGCGAUAUAUCAGAUACUGAGCAGCCGUUGAUCUCAACCAUCCAACUCCUUGUAUGUUCUUUGGUUUAUGUUGCACAUGCCCUUAUAGGAAAUAUAAUUAUUUUACCAUCAAUAUGAGUUGUUCUUUGUACAUUAUUUUACCAUCAAGGGAGUGUCUGUUUGGCAUCUGCCUCUUUUCUUUUGCAAUCGGCAACGGUCAGAUUUUGUUAGUGCGAGUGAGCUAGGUAGGACCGUAGGAUUACUGUUUGUGGUGUGCCGUGGCGAUAUCGGCUAAGUUGUAAUCGUUAAACCUUUGUAUUGUUCUUUAAGUUGUAAUCGUUAAACCUUUGUAUUGUUCUUUAA